UAAAACGGAAGGCCGGCUCAUCAAGCUUACUUACAUCUGAACAUGUAUGAGAAAGCCAUUCAUUCCCUCCGAGAUUUCAGAGAAGCAUCGCCUAUAUCCCCGUCGUUCUCCAGAACUUUGUCGAGCUGGACGAGCUGGACCCCACUUUGUCACUUGAUCCAGUGGCCAAUGGGGCCCAUUUUUAUCCAGUGUUGUACCCUGGCCUUGACAGGGGACGAAUCGGACGGCUAACCUUUACUUCUCAAAGUACAAACAAGGAGUAUGGAAACUUGUAGCUACGAGUCCCUCUCACUCGGCAACCUACCUUGCAAUCAACCUAUCUACCUGUGUCCUGACUUCUGAGGGCCUUAAACUCGGAUUAGUCCAUUAGGAAGCGCAAUACAGCCUCCGACCCUCUGACUUGGUGACUAAACCGGCAGCGCUUUCCGAUCAAUCGGGCUGGCUAACGAUGGUUGUGGGGUUACUGUGACACACUAAAUACACACAUACUUCAUGCCUAGGAUAAGUUGAAAGUGAGAGAGAGACACGCUGUGCUUGGAAACCAGGGUUGAAGUGACACGCCUCCAGGUUGAAAUCUUUGAGGAUCGAGGCAAGGAAAACAUGUCCACAUUAAGGAAAGUUGCUUUAGGCACGGCUGGAGUUGGCGCCGGAGUAGGAACAAUCAUCUUGGGAAAAUUGUUUCUCAAAGAAGAUCGCCAUGCUCGGAUGACCGAGGAGCACAUUGAGAAGGUGAAGAAAGGUCUCAUCAAAAGACCGAAAGAUGAACUUCGAACACGGCCACAGCAAUUGGCCUCCUUGAAAAGCGAUCAAUUCGAUGUCCUUGUCAUCGGAGGAGGUGCCACUGGCUCGGGCUGUGCCUUGGAUUCCGUGUCCAGAGGCCUGAAAACCGCCAUGAUCGAAUUGGACGACUUUGCCUCGGGAACCACGUCCAGGAGCACCAAACUGAUCCAUGGCGGUGUGCGAUACUUGCAAAAAGCCAUCAUGAGACUAGAUUACGAGCAGUACUGUAUGGUCAAGGAAGCUUUGCACGAGCGGGCAAACUUGUUGGACAUUGCUCCACAUCUAUCAUUUCCGCUUCCGAUUAUGUUGCCAGUUUACAAGUGGUGGCAAGUGCCCUAUUUCUGGGCCGGUAUCAAGGCCUACGAUCUUGUGUCUGGAGAUGAAUGCCUCAAGCCUUCCUAUUAUCUCAGCAAACAACGGGCGUUGGAACUGUUCCCAAUGCUUAAACGAGACAAAUUGAAAGGCGCCAUUGUCUACUAUGACGGGUCCCACAAUGAUUCGAGAAUGUGUCUCUCGAUUGCAAUCAGUGCGGCUCGAAUGGGAGCCACGGUUGCUAAUCACACCAGAGCUUUGGCCCUCAUCAAAGAUGAACAAGGCCAAAUCACGGGGGUAAGGAUGCGAGAUGAGCUCACUGGGGAAGAGUGGGAAACUAAGGCUAAAUGUGUGGUCAAUGCCACGGGUCCAUUCACGGACUCAAUCCGGAAAAUGGACAACCCUGGGUCCAAAGACAUCUGCUGCCCUUCCAUGGGAGUCCACAUCAUGCUACCCGAUUAUUACUCUCCCGAAAGCAUGGGCCUUUUGGAUCCUGCUACCUCUGAUGGGCGUGUCAUUUUCUUUCUUCCUUGGUUGGGAGUAACCAUUGCUGGAACGACAGAUACUCCGUGCGAUGUGACGCAUAGUCCGUCGCCAAGCGAAAGCGAUAUCCAAUUCAUCUUGAAUGAAGUCAAGAAUUAUCUCACUCCGGACAUUGAAGUUCGCCGUGGGGACGUUCUGUCGGCUUGGAGUGGCAUUCGCCCUUUGGUCAAGGACCCCAAUAAGGAAGACACUCAGAGCUUGGUCCGCAAUCACGUUAUCCACGUAUCGGACAGUAAAUUGGUCACCAUUGCUGGCGGCAAGUGGACCACUUACAGGUCGAUGGCUCAAGAAACCCUGGACGCUGCAGUCAAAGCGUGUCAACUCGAACCUCAAAGAGACUCUCAAACCGACGGACUCAUCCUCGAAGGUGGUCACACGUGGACCCCAACUCAAUUCAUUCGCCUGGUUCAAGAUGUGGGCUUUGAUUCCCAAGUGGCACAACAUCUCUCUGAGACUUACGGAGAUCGUGCUUUCAACGUUGCCAAAUACGCCACCAUUACGGGCAAGAGAUGGCCUAUCGUGGGAAACCGGCUUCAUGAUGAGUACCCUUACAUUGCUGCAGAGGUACGAUACGCCGUUAUCCACGAGUACGCCGCCACGGCUGUAGAUGUGGUUUCCAAGCGAUUGCGAUUGUCCUUCCUCAAUGUUCAAGCUGCUGAGGAAGCUCUCCCUAAAAUUGUGGACAUUAUGGGUCAAGAGCUCAAUUGGUCCAAGGCGGAGAAGCAAAAGCAAAUUGAUCAAGCCAUCAAUUUCUUGAAGGCGGAAAUGGGCAAGGAUGUGAACAAAGCUAUCAAAGAUGCCAUCCCCAUUAGCUUGAGCAAGCAAGAAAUAUCAGACUAUGUCAAAAGAUUCAACGCGCUGGAUUACGACAAGAAGGGAUUUGUUUCCGUGAACGAUAUUCGCAAAUGGUUGAAGAAAUCCGGCACCUUCUCGGACGACGAUCGUUUUUUCCAUAUCUUGCAUGAAGUGGAUCUCGCAAGAAAUGGAUCUGCCACCUUGCCAGAAUUCUUUCAGAUGAUGUCCGCUAUCAAAACUGGGGCCGUUUCCCACUCAAGGUUUGCUCACAUGACGGAUUCAAUGGACGAUCUAACUUACGGCCAAAAGAUGGAGAGAAGCGGUGGAGGUUUAUAGAGCCUUCCAACCUUGCCCUCAUUGAACAUAUGGAAUCAAGCAUCAAAAGUGCCGUUUCCUUUGAGCACAAUUUCAGACAAUUUGGAAAAUAAAUUUGUGGAAAUGUCAA